AAUUCGUUAUCACAAUACAAAACCAUAAGCAUAAAGCAGCUUGGAUUGCAAGCUUAAUACCUACUGGCUACUCGUGCUCAUGUUCAAAUAACGAAUGUUUUUUAAUUUUUAUAUUUAUUUAAGACUUGAAUAAAAAAUCAAACGAAUUGACAAUGACUGGUUUUGGUUUCAAUGCACCAGCAUCAACCAGCUUUGGAUUUGGAAUGAAUACUCAAACUACGUCCAGUCCAUUUGGCUUUGGAGGUACAACAACAUCUACUGCUGCUCCUUCAUUUGGAUUCGGUGCACCUACAUCAGCAGGUCCUACUUCUACACCUUCUUUUGGGUUUGGAACAGUAACUACUAGUGCUACACCAUCUUUUGGAUUUGGAUCCAGUACAAAUACAACACCAGCAUUUGGAGGAUUUGGUUCAUCCACUGUGCCAGCCACUCAAUCUCAGUCAAUCUUUUCAGGUCUAGGACAAUCCCAACCAGUUGCAUCGAUUGCCCCUUCUUUCGGAGGAUUCGGGGCAUCAUUUGGAGCAAAACCUUUCGGUACUACUACAUCAUUUGCACUUGGUCAACCAUCUGCAUCUACUCAAGGGAUUAGUAAUCAACUGUUGCAUCAGCACCAGCAACAGCAACCAACUUCAAACACUAAUGAUAUAGUAAUAAAUUCUAUUGUAAAUUGUAAAUUAUUUGGUGAUGAAAGAGAUCAAAUUAUUUGUAAGCUUAAUUUGUUACAAGCUUGUUGGGGUACAGGAAAAGGUUAUUAUGCACUAAAUAAUACUCCACCUGUUGAGUAUACUCCUCAAAAUCCACUUUGUCGUUUUAAAGCAAUUACUUACAGUGUGAAACCAACAUCGUCAAGCCGAGAUGCUCUUGUAACUAUUAUAAUAAAUAAAAAAAUGGAUGACAUAAGAAAACAAGAAGUGCAACUUACAUCAAAUUUAUUUGCUAUUUUUGGAAGUAAACCAAAUUUAAGUGUACAUUUAGACACUUUAAAAUGGUAUACCGAGACAAAAUCUAUGGCAUUGAUAUACGUCGAAGAGAAACUAGAAAAUGGUCAUACAAAAAGGAUUACAAAUAACGAUCUAGUGAACUACUUAAUGCAACCAUCACCUAAGCAACAAUUAACGACUAUGGGCGUAGAAAAUGUAUUUCCAUAUGCAGGGUUUACUGAAGAGAAUUUACGGGAUUAUUAUGAACAUCCUCCUGCUGGUAUUGAUUUAAGAGUAUGGAAACAAGCCCAAGCUGACAACCCAAAUCCCGCAGUGUUUAUCCCUGUACCAAUUGUGGGAUUUUCAGAACUAUGUUGGAAGUAUAAAUGUCAUAGUGAACAAGUGAAUGUACAUAAAUUGGCACUUAAUAGUAUCUCUGAUCGACUGAGCGAACUAGCUAGGAAGAAGACACGAGUGGAAUCAAAGCUUGAUCAAUAUAUGGAUAAAAUGGACCAAUUAACACAUAGAAUUGUCAAAGUAUUGGUUGGACAAAUGGUGAUACUAAAUGCUGGCAUGGCUCUCAGACCAGAAGAAGAAACCAUUAAAAACCAAUUAGAAGUUUUAUAUAAUGAUAUUAAUUCGCCAUUAAGAUUCCAAGGAAAACUGACUGAGAUAGCCACUCUUGUUCGAUUGAAGAACUCAGAACUAUCAGAAGAUUCAAAAAAUAAUACUGGUUACAUACCACAAGUAGCUGAAGAAAUUAAAAAUUUUUUGGAAUUACAACAGAGAAUGAUAACAGAAAUGCAAACGGUUGUCACAGAAGAUAUUAAUUCAAUAAAACUGAUGAAAGAAACAUUAAGUAAUGUAAAAUAAAUUAUAAUAUAAUCAAACAAGUUCAAUUUAAUGUAAAUAAAAUCAAAGCCAUUGUUUGUAUUUAAUAUUUAUACUAUUUAUUUUAAAUAGAAAAUUAUUGUAAUUAGGUAAGUAAUAUAACAGUAAAUUAUAGAUAGGCUUUCCUCUCUACCCCUCCUACAUUGAGCCCUUUAUUAUCUACUGAGGUGAAUUUAGUCCAUGAAACCCAAGGCUUUGAAUUAAAGUUUUGUAAUAUAAUUAUUUUCAAUGUGGCUAAAUUUUAUGGAGCAAUAAAAAAUUAAUACAGUAA